UUUAAAAAAAUUAAAUAGUAGCACGUGGUUGGAAGUUGUAACACAGUUCUUGACUUCAAAACUUUUAAGGGUUAUUAUAGAAAUAACCGUCCACUAGCAUAAAGUCAGUAGAAUUUAACCAUGCAACUGCAUAGCACUCUCUAUAAAAACGGUUCUUCAGUUACUACUAGGAGAACAAAAACAAUGAGCAGAAUUUCCACAAUCAACUACUACUUCUUGAUCUAUGCAAUCUUUGCUAACACAUUUUAUCUAGGAAACUCUACAACUUUACAACUCGGCAAUGGCAUUAUCAUCAAUGUCAGGAGUUUUCGGGUUCGAGCUGAUGGUAGAAGCGAUGAUAGUUGGGCCUUUAAUGCAGCUUGGGAGAAAGCAUGUAACUCUAAAGGCAAUGUUACUCUUUUGAUCCCUAAUGGAACUUAUCUCGUAGGACCUCUUAAGUUAAGAGGUCCUUGUGAGCAAGUAACAUCUCUCACAGUAUUACUCAAGGGUAUUUUGAAAGCGAAAACAGACUUAUCUGAUUACGAAUUUGGAUCCGGGUGGAUCGAGUUUGCAUGGAUCAAUGGGCUUACCUUGACAGGAGGUGGAGUUUUUGAUGGUCAAGGUGCCAAAGCUUGGCCUUACAACACUUGCCCUACUAGUUCUAAUUGUGACCUCCUUCCUACUAAUUUGAAGUUUGUGGGUAUGAACAGAACGACUGUUCAUGAUAUAACUUCACUGAACAGCAAGUUUUUUCAUUUAGCUCUUGUAGAAUGCAGAGACUUUGAAGGGAGUAAACUUGAGAUUUUGGCCCCAGAAGACAGUCCUAACACGGAUGGCAUUCACCUCGAACGUAGCUCUAAUGUUCGUUUUUCUUGGUUGAACAUUGGUACAGGGGAUGAUUGCAUCUCUAUUGGCCAAGGAAAUUCUCAAAUUUCCAUAUCAAAUAUCACUUGUGGACCAGGUCAUGGUAUAAGUGUUGGAAGCUUGGGAAAAUACCUGCAUGAACAAGAUGUAAAUGGACUUUUUGUAAGAAAUUGUACGAUUAGUGGGACUACAAAUGGGAUUAGGAUCAAAACAUGGGCUAAUUCUCCUGGUAGAAGCGCGGCUACUAACAUAAAAUUCGAGAACAUUGUGAUGAAGCAUGUAAGGAAUCCAAUUAUUAUUGAUCAGGCAUAUUGCCCCUUCGACUCGUGUUCAUCUGAGGCACCAUCAAGGGUAAGAUUGAGUAACAUAUACUUUAAGAACAUCAGGGGUACUUCACUGUCUGAAGUAGCAGUGACACUUUCAUGUAGUAAGGGAAUUCCAUGCAGGAACAUUUUCCUGCAGAAUGUUCACUUGAAUUUGACAUCAGGGGAACGACAUCCGGUUUCGACUUGUGAGAAUGUAAAAGCAAGAUACAUUGGUAUCCAGAUGCCUCCUCCAUGCCCUUAAUAAGGGUUGUAGAUCUUGCAGUAACAAGUAGGCUGAGAUUGAUUUGUUGUAUCAGUUAGCUGAGGGGUUUAGAUGGAACAUUUUUGUGCUAAUACUAAUGUUUUCUAAUGGUGUGGAUGAGUACUAUAAUCUUUUGUUUUGAGAGAAUGACUUUUUAGUUUUAUCUACUUCAUUUCUAUGCAUAAUUCAAUCAUACUAUAGUUGGAGACAUUGACAACACUAUGUUAGGUCCUAAGUAGAUAAUGACUUACUUUAAA